CCUUGCACAAAAUAUUUCUUUUUAAAUCAUAAAAUUAAAUUCGUGUUGCAAUGGUGCAUGCAUAUCGUUUAAAAUGAAAUGAUUUAAAAGCAAUGAUGGAAUAUGUCAAAACAUAUUGUACCGAUGUAUAGGCCCUAAAUAGGCUACAUUACACAUAUCAUGAUAGCGACUACAAUAUGUAUGGCUAUCAGGUUUUUAACAUCCUACGACAGCCUAAUUAGAUAUCAAAUGAAAAAAGGAUUCAAACCUGGGACAGCCGGUACUCUUAUAAUUACCAGACACACUAAUGACUGAGCUACCUGGUAAUUAAUCCUGAUCAUCCCAGUCCAGUCCAUCUACACAACCAAGAUUAUUCCUUUUACCUAUCAGAAACAACAUUACAUUUUCUACAAGUAAAAUUUUCAUUUCCAGCAGUUGAUUUUUUUACGGAUUUUGAUGUUCCUGAUAUUAACAUGCAUGCAGCUGUUAAACAGAUUUUUAAACAUUAAACAAUGGGUAUGUAUAUAUAUAUAUGUGUGGACAUACUUCAGUAACUCAAUAAUUAUGGCACUGAAUUAAAGGACAUUUUAAAAUAAAAAUUUGAUUCAAAUUACAAAUCGAUUUAUCUGAUCAAUCUUGGUUUUUUUUUUAAACUAAUUUAAUUACUGUACAUUUUUAUAACAGCAUUUAAAUCUUUGUUUAGAUCUUACCUUCUUUAUUUGCAGUCCUUAUUGUAUAUACCGGAAUGUAUUUAAAAGUCAAUAUUAAUACAAUCAACUGCAAUUGCCAUCGAUAUGUUUGCAAGAGAUCAAUAAUUGAAAACCAAAAUUUACAGAAUAUCUGGACAGUGUGCACACAUUCUUGCUGUGAUAGUUAUAAUUGAGGAGUGGAAAAUCGCUGGAUUGAAAGAAGUUCCCUCUCAGCCUUCAUCAACAAGUUUACCACAGCAGUGGGAUAAGCCGAGAGGACAUAAAAUAAAGCCAGAGCCUGUGUCGCAGAUGGUCAUAUCCAGACCACUCAAUAUGAAUCGGAAAAGGAAACCAGUUAUUGCCUCUUUUGUUGACAAUAGGAAAAUGCCCCUGACGACAUCCGAUAUUGCUCAUUUAAAGAGUCUCAGCAACAGCCCCAUUUCAUACUUGGUGGAAAAUGGAAGUGACACAAGUACAGUUAAUACCCCAUUAGGCCCCCAGUUCAUCGGUUCAGCUCUAAGCUAUCAUGCUCCCCUUAUACAACCUGUCACUCAACCAAGGGAGGUAAAUUCUGACAAAUGUGGAGAUAUAGCAUUUCCUAAGGAGCUACCCAGCUGUAUUGAUGUACCAGCACCAACACCAGAAUGGGGGGAUGUAUCAUUAACCCAAACAGAGGCACAGGAUAUUGAAAAGUCAACUCGCUCUCAGUCAGAUACACAACUGUGGUUCACAGAGAGAAAGAAAAGAAUCACUGCAUCAAACUUUGGUAGGAUAAUGCUUCGAAAAAAAUUUAUAAAUGAUGCUUUCAUGAGCACUUUUCAGGAGCGAAGUUUUACAUCAGCUCCAACAUCUUAUGGAAAGGCAAAUGAACUAAUAGCCAAACAAAUGUACAUCAAACAAAGUGGCAUCCAUAUCCAUGAUAUUGGCCUUGUGAUAAACCCCAAGCUACCCUUUAUAGGAGCUACCCCAGAUGCAAUUGUCUGUGACAAAAUGGUUACUGGAUUAGUUGAAAUCAAGUGCCCAUAUUCUGUGAGAGACAUAAAAAAAUGGAGGGAAAUAUGA